AUGACUGCCCCAAGCGAUACUCUGCAGCCCCAGGCGAUUGCGCUGAUCUUUGCAUUUCCCGCCGCGGCAACGAUCGUGGUGGGCCUUCGAAUCUACAGUCGAUUAUUGACACGGACGUUUGCAGCGGACGACUGGGUGAUUUGUCUAGCAGAGGUCCUUUACUGGGCUGAGACGAUCACUUCUUACUAUGUCAUCAAGUGCAUGUAUAUCGGCUACCAUGUCUGGGACGUUCCGAAGGACUUUCCCGCCGCGCUGGGAGCAAAGUACUCCUACGCAACAUUACUCCUAUACAAUCCCAUUCUGGCCCUCAUCAAAACCUCCAUCCUCCUCUUCCUGUUACGCUUGACCGGUCAGAAGGUGAACGUGCGCAGAGCGAUAUACGGACUGUUGAUCCUCAACGGGAUCGCCAUGGUGGCCACCUUCCUCAUCACCAUGUUCCAUUGCGUCCCAAUUGCGUCCAACUGGGAUCCUACGUCCUACCCAGAUGCGAAAUGUAUCAAUUUCGCCAACUUUGUCACUGGAACCGCCUGUGCCGCCAUCUUCACCGACGUGCUGGUGCUGAUCCUUCCAACCUGGAUUGUGUAUAACCUGAAAAUCGCGCGGCGUCAGAAGCUGAUGUUGAUCGGGAUUCUGUCCUUGGGUUUCAUAUCGGUUAUCUCUGGAAUUGUACGGGUCAUCCUCCUCGACAACUACGACCGCCACUUCCCAGCAGACUACACCUACACUGUCCUCUUCUGUAUUUCCACUAUCGAAGUAGGACUCUCCAUUAUUGCAGCAUGCGCACCGGCUCUGAAACCUCUCUUUGUCAUGGUCAUUCCCAAAGUAUUCAGCAGCAGCAAGAGCCGGAGUGCUCAGCAGUAUAACAGGUACGGAGCCAGCCGCAGCGGGGCAAUGGGCUAUGAUCUCGAGCACAUCUCGCGGGCAAGCAGGCGAGAACACGGAGAGACCAUGAUCGGAGCGGCGGACGAUGAAAGGGGAGACCGGCAUUCUAAGAAUGGGAUUGUCCUGACGACGGAGAUGGAGGUCCACUGGCAUGAGUCUGGAUCCGGACGGGCGAUAACUCAGGGCAGUAGUACGGAGAGUCUAGUGCAGCCGAGAAAAUCAUGA